UCACUAUGUGACUAUAUAAAUAGGCGCGAGUCCUGUAUCUCAUUAAGCCAACUAGUGACUAAUCGAGAUGAUGCUCCGAUCAAAGUUGAGUCUUUUUUUAAUUUUUUGUGCUCUUUUUGUGAUCCCGACCUCCUCUCGUUAUAUCAAGAGGUCACCAUCGAGCGAAGAAGAAGAGUCACAAAUUUGUCAAUCGACAUCGCCAUGCGGCUGGGAAAUUUAUGAUCCAAACACCCAUCGACCCGAAUACUUUUUUCCUAGCCCCUGCCAUUGUGCCGAUAACUUGGAAUGUGUUCGAGACAUGGACAAGCCUUCGAUUUCAGCCUACGUUCAUAGGUGCAAAUCAGUCGAUAAAAAUGAUUCGUCAAAUUCUAUUGGAUAAAAACAUUUUUCAUGCCAAAAAAAUCAUAUUUAUUUAUUAUUUGUGUAUUUACUCGGGUAACAAUUAACAAAAUACUGUAAAAAAUUAUUUAAUUAUAUUUUACUUCGGAUGUUUCGAUUUACAUUCAGAAAAAAAAAAAUGCCAACUUUUAUAUCUUUUGUAAUUAUAUUUAUGUAAUUUCUAUAAGGGAUUGAAGUACCGAAUACGUAAUUUUAACGUGUUCGUUACGGGAUUUUUGAUAUUUCCCACCCUUUUUUCUUUAUGUAUAUAAGCAUCUUAUCUAUUUUUUCAUAAAUUUAUGUAUCAUUCUCGUUUUGUCAUUAAAGUUCUAUGUAAUAAAUA